GAGAAGUCGAAGCUGGAGAGCGAACUGGCCAACUUCGGGCCCCGCAUCAAUGACAUCAAGCGAAUCAUCCAGAGCCGGGAGCGGGAGAUGAAGGACCUCAAGGAGAAGAUGAACCAGGUGGAGGACGAGGUGUUCGAGGAGUUCUGCCGGGAGAUCGGGGUGAGGAACAUCCGGGAGUUCGAGGAGGAGAAAGUGAAGCGGCAGAACGAGAUUGCCAAGAAAAGGCUGGAGUUUGAGAACCAGAAGACGCGGCUGGGGAUCCAGUUGGAUUUUGAGAAGAACCAGCUGAAGGAGGACCAGGAGAAGGUGCACAUGUGGGAGCAGACAGUCAAGAAGGACGAGGCCGAGAUCGAGAAACUCAAGAAGGAGGAGCAGCGUCACAUGAAGAUCAUCGACGAGACCAUGGCCCAGUUGCAGGACCUGAAGAACCAGCACCUGGCCAAGAAAUCCGAGGUCAACGACAAGAACCACGAGAUGGAGGAGAUCCGCAAGAAGCUGGGCGGGGCCAACAAGGAAAUGACCCACCUGCAGAAGGAGGUGACGGCCAUCGAGACGAAGCUGGAGCAGAAGCGCAGCGACCGCCACAACCUGCUGCAGGCCUGCAAGAUGCAGGACAUCAAACUGCCCCUCUCCAAGGGCACCAUGGACGACAUCAGCCAGGAGGAGGGCGGGGCGCCCGGCGAGGAGCCCGUCAGCAGCUCCCAGCGCACCUCCAACAUGUACGCCCGGGAGGCCCUGAUCGAGAUCGACUACAGCGACCUGUCCGAGGACCUCAAGGACGCCCAGGCGGAAGACGAGAUCAAGCAGGAGAUGAACCAGCUGCAGCAGAAGCUGAAUGAGCAGCAAAGCGUCCUCCAGCGCAUCGCCGCCCCCAACAUGAAGGCCAUGGAGAAGCUGGAGAGCGUCCGGGACAAGUUCCAGGAGACCUCCGAUGAGUUUGAGGCGGCCCGGAAGCGCGCCAAGAAGGCCAAGCAGGCGUUUGAGCAGAUCAAGAAGGAGCGAUUUGACCGGUUCAACGCCUGCUUCGAGUCCGUGGCCACGAACAUCGACGAGAUCUACAAGGCUCUGUCGCGGAACAGCAGCGCCCAAGCGUUCCUGGGCCCGGAGAACCCCGAAGAGCCGUACCUGGAUGGAAUUAAUUACAACUGCGUGGCCCCUGGCAAGCGGUUCCGGCCCAUGGACAACCUGUCCGGAGGGGAGAAAACUGUAGCAGCCUUGGCCCUUCUGUUUGCUAUCCACAGCUACAAACCCGCUCCCUUCUUCGUGCUGGACGAAAUCGACGCUGCGCUGGACAACACCAAUAUCGGGAAGGUGGCCAACUACAUCAAAGAGCAAUCCACCUGCAACUUCCAGGCCAUUGUCAUCUCGCUGAAGGAGGAAUUCUACACCAAGGCCGAGAGCCUGAUUGGGGUCUACCCUGAGCAAGGGGACUGCGUGAUCAGCAAAGUGCUGACCUUUGACCUCACCAAGUACCCCGACGCCAACCCGAACCCCAACGAGCAAUAAGCCGGCUGGACGCUGCCACGGGUGGGGGGGGGAUGUGAUGGGUUAACCCCCCCCCAUUUAUUUUUAACCAUUUCAUUGCCUCCGCCAAUGCAUUCUGGGGGGGCAGGGGCUAUUAACCCCCCGUCUCUAAGGUGGGGGCCACCUGUCUCCACAUCACUGGGGGGAGCGGUUUUAUCCCCGGGGGGGCCUCAAUUCCCCCCACCCCCUCCGAUGCUAUUUUUAGAAUCAUGCUAUUUAACUUGCUUUUUAAAACCAGCCCCCGGGGGAUCAGCCUGGUAGGGCUGGAAUUAUGGGGCA